AUGGGGUAGGCAUAGUCAUUGAUUUACGCAGUACCUGUAGGAGAGAAAAAAGAAGGAGAAAGCCAUGUUUAUAGAAAUCCAACCCAUGUUGCUAAACUACUGGAUAAUUUUGAGGGGGAAAAGACUGUGCAAGGAAUGUUUUUAAGAGCUUGUCGUUUAUAUCCUGAUAAUAGAUGUAUAGGUAAGCAGAUUACUACUGGGUAGAAUAGUAAGCAUUACAGAUACAUGACAUACAAAGAAGUAAAGUAAAAUGCUGAGUAAAAAUUACAUUAAUUUUAGAUAUUUGGGAUCAGGUAUAAUCAACUUAAAUCUUAUUCCUAAGCCAGAGAUAUUCGAAGAUUAGCAACUAAAAAUGAUAGGUGUUUUCUCUAAAAAUAGAGAAGAAUGGUUAAUUCUGGAUAUAGCCAAUACUCUAUAUGGAAAUACAAUGAUUCCUUUGUAUGAAACUUUGGGUUUUGAAAGUUUGCCUUAUAUUUUCGAAUAAACCUAGCUUAAUACUCUCUUUAUUUCUGAAUCGAACGCCUAGACAAUAUUAAAAGUAUCAAAUUAUCAUGCAUUAAAAAAUAUAAUAUGUUUUGAUGAACUAAACUAAGAAAUUAUUGAGAAAGUAUUUUUAAAAAUUAUAAAAGUUUAAUUAAAAAGGACUCAAAGUCAUUCCUUAUGAAUAAGUAAUUUAAGCAGGAAAAGCUAAAGUGCAUGCAUAUUUUGAAUUGUCUGAAAAUAGUAUUUUUACUUUCAGUUACACAUCAGGCACAACAGGAUUACCAAAAGGUGUUAUGCUAAGACAUAAAAACUUUGUAUCAGUAAGUGGUGGAGUAGUAUUUCAAGGUAUUUUAGUAAGCGAGAAGGAUGUUUAUUUAAGUUAUUUACCCCUUCCUCAUGUAUUAGAGAGAUUUGUUGUCAUCACUUUAUUGGGAUAUGGAAGCACAAUUUGUAUGUAUGGAGGAGAUGUGCUAAAAUUAAAUUAGGAUCUUUCAAUGGUCAAACCAACUCUUUUUAUGAGUGUUCCCAGAUUAUACUUCAGAAUAUAUACUGCAAUUAAGCAAAAAUUAGAAAGUCUGCAAGGGGCCAAAAAAAAACUAUGUGAAUAGGCUUUAUCAAGCAAAUAAUAUUAUCUUAAAAAUGGGGGUCAUGUAGAACAUAGAUUUUGGGAUAACAUGGUUUUCAAUAAGACCAAAGAAGCUUUAGGGGGACGAGUUAGAUAUAUGCUUUCAGGUUCAGCUCCAAUGUCUGCAGAAGUAAUAGAUUUUUUAAAAUGUGUUAUUUGUGCACCCUUCAUUGAAGGAUAUGGAUAAACAGAAGGUUGUGGUGGAUCUUUCAUUACUAAAGCUGAAGAUUCAAUCAGUGGACAUGUUGGAGGUGUUUUUCCUAAUAUUGAAUUUAAAGUAAUUGACGUUCCUGAAAUGAAUUAUCGUAGCACUGAUAUUAAUGAAAAUAACUAAAUUACCCCAAGAGGGGAAAUCUGUAAAUAUAUAUAUAAUACUUUAGGCUUAAGAGGUAAUGCUAUCUUUGCCGGAUAUUACAAAGAUGAGGAAAAGACAAAAGAAAUGAUUGAUAAAGAUGGAUGGAUCCAUUCUGGCGAUGUAGGAGUAAUACGACCAAAUGGUGCCUUAUAAAUUAUCGAUAGAGUCAAAAAUAUCUUCAAAUUGAGCUAAGGGGAAUACAUUGCACCUGAAAAAAUAGAAGGAAUCUAUUAAAGAGUGAAUGGAGUAACUGAAGCAUUUGUCUAUGGUGACCCUUCAAAAAGUUAUUGCAUUGGCUUUAUCGUCCCAGAUAAAUAGUUUGUACUCAAUCUUGGCAAUUAAUUUGGUUUAAAUCAAACUUUUGAAGAAUUAUGUAAAAAUAAGGACAUAAUAAAGUAUUUCCUAGAGCAAGUAAAUAAAUAAGUAAUAUUCAUUAAUAUUCUAGGGAAAAUUGGAGAAGCUCAACGGAUUAGAGAAUAUAAAAUAACUAUAUCUUGAGCCAAUCAGUUUUGUUGUUCAUGGAUUAACAAGCAAUACUUUGAAAUUGAUGAGACAUAAGGCUAAGGCAUUCUUUGCUAAAUAAAUAAAUGAGUUGUAUUCUUUAAGUGAUUGA